CCUGCUUCGUUGCCAACUUCCCCUCCAUCCAGAACGUUGUCUAUUGUUGUCCCUAGGUGGGCUGACCCGCCGUCAAUCUCCUCUAGCUCUUGAUCCUCUUCGUGUUCGUCGUCGUUCUACUCCUCUUCCUUGGAUUCGUCCAUCCAGGAUGAUGAGUCCAAGGGCUGGAGCCUGGAGAGUUGUAGGAUUCACUUGAGUAGUAGUAGUAGUAGUAGUAGUAGUAGUUAGUACUAGCUAGUAGUAGCACUUGUUCCCUAGCCAUCGAGUAGGUGGUCACAACGACGCGCAUCGGCCUCCGUUGGGACAUGAGCCUCUGAGCGUCCUCGCCAAGCUCAAAUAGAGGCCGAUCACCUUUUACCUUGAGGAUCGGAGCGAUCAUACGCCGUUCUUUUGAAAGAGGAAAACGUGCUUAAAGUACGAUUGGACCAGCAUCUUAUCUCCUUCUUGGCCCUGGCAGCCAUGGCCAAUGUUUUUGGCCUCUUCCUUGAUUUGACCUGAUGUCCUUACAUCCUGCUUCACCAGUGAUUUUUAGUGCCGUGGCGUGUAGACUGCGUUCCUUCUGAUAACGGAUCCGAGCCAAAGUGUUUCGUGGGGUCGAAAUUGUGCCUCAUUCUAGUAUCUAAGUCGGCUUGUCGCUUGUAUUGACGCCUAAAUGUCUGGCCUGUUGUCUGCCAGAAGCCGGACAAAUCACAAAAAAGAUUGAAGGGGAAAUUGCGCCUCACCGCAAACAAACCGGAUCAUAGAUCACCAAUAUCCUCCAUGCAUGCAUGCACCCUCUGACCCUUUCUUCCAUUCAGAGCUCGAUAUGUCCUGCGUUGGAAAGAAAACCGCAAUUCAGUGGCUUUUUGUUUAAUCUCAUUGAAAGACGUAGUCGACAUGUGAUGGCGGUAUUUCUUUGUGCUUCGGAUCAGUUGGACUAAUCGUCAACUCUGACUAACAAAGCCUGGAGGAAACCUUAGUGAACCAAGAAAUGACAAUGUGGGUGAGAGUGCCAGUAUUGAACCAACUUCGGAACAAACGAGACAUUUGGUCCUAAGACUCAUCACAACACAACAUGGCUUCGAGUAGUCCGGGAGAGACUUUGGCGAUUAUUUGUUCGCUGGUUUGCCUUUUGAGCAUGAUAGCCACGGCAGAUGGUUCGGACGGGGCGCUCUCUUCAUUAUCCGUCUCAUGCGAUCCAAGGGUGUGUACUUGUAACAAUUUGGGGGCUACACCCUCGGCCCCAACCCUUGGCCCAACUGCCAAUUGUUCGGGUCGAGGUCUCUUGGCCAUGCCAACGGACUUGCCCAUCUCCCUUGUUGAUCUGUCUCUAUCGUUCAACGCAUUGGCCGCGGUCAAUACGACCGAACUGAAACGACUGGCCAAAUUACGGAGGCUGGAUCUAAGCCAUAACCGCUUAAGCGCCUUCUUCGGAGAUGUGCACUUUCAUCUUGAAUAUCUGGAUCUCUCCUACAACGACAUUAACUCUGUGCGUUCCCUACGCUUGGAAAGCUUGGUCGGCCUCACCCACCUCCACUUGGCCAACAAUCAAAUAUUGUCCUUACCCUCGGAUGCUUUUCCAGCGAGUAAAAAGUUGAAAACCUUAAAUCUCAGGAACAAUAAGAUCAUGAGCUUAGAACCUGGUUCCCUCAAUAACCUGAAUGCAUUAGAAGAGCUCGUACUAACCAAGAACAACCUCUCAUCAUUCCCAAAGGGGCUCUUCAAGGAGUUAACCAACCUCCGAAUCUUGGAAUUGAACAAGAACCUCUUUGUCGAGAUCCAGGGUCUGGCAUUUCAUGGUCUGAUCAAUCUGAAGACCCUCAGACUGAAACGCAAUCAGAUUGAAUACCUCUCAGAUGGAGCCUUCUUUGGCCUGUCUGCCAUAGAGGAAAUCAAUUUGGACCGUAACAGUGUGGAUCGGAUCGGCAAAGGUUGGUUGUAUGAAAUGGGCAGUCUCAAAUACCUCUCCAUGGCGUUCAAUCAUGUGGACUACAUUGACGAUGAAAGCUGGGAGUUUUGUAAAAAUCUCACGGAUAUCGACCUUCGGCGCAAUCGCCUCCAACUUUUGGGCAGAGAUUUUCUUCGGAAGCUCCCUCGACUACAGAGGCUCAACCUUCAAAAUAACAUGAUCUCUCAUAUUCAAGAUGACGACACUUUUGCAGAAGUGCCCAAUCUGGAAACUUUAUUGUUGGAUGGGAAUGAAAUAAGUCACACCAUCGAGGACAUGACGGCUCCUUUUAAUGGUUUGGCCUUGCUCAAGAGGCUCAGUCUGAGUCGAAAUCCGAUUCGUUCUGUGGGCGGUAAAGCCUUCUAUGGACUCGAAAAUCUGGAAGAGCUAGAUUUGACCGAUGCCCCCAUCUCUACAAUCAAGGAAAACACCUUUUCCCAUUUGAGUCUCUUGCAUACCAUCAAGAUGGACAGCUCGAGCAUACUGUGCGAUUGCUACGUGAAAUGGUUCCCCAAAUGGCUCAACGAGACCGGUAUUCGUGGUUGUGAGGCCACGUGCGCCCAUCCUGAGAAUCUCAAAGUCCGGCUUAUCACUUCAAUUGACUAUGCCAGAUUCACUUGCGACGAUUUUCCAAAGCCUUAUAUCUUGGAGCAACCUAAGACUCAAAUCACUCUGAAGGGGGAGAAUCUAACAUUGUUUUGCCGCGCCGCAUCGACCUCUCCCGCUGAAAUGGAGUUCGAAUGGAAAAUUGACUCUGAAGUGAUCGAUUACCCGGUUGAGGAAAGCUGUGGUCGGGAUGACGUGAGACGGUGCAUUCGUAAUGAAAAACAUUCUUUUGACGGCAAGGGCAAAGAAAUCACCUCGUCCUUGAAUCUCUUCAAUUUAACCUAUGAUGACGCAGGCCAUUAUCAAUGUGUGGUGACCAAUAGGUACGGUGCAACCUAUUCCGACAAGGCUAACAUCACGGUCUAUGUCUACCCUCAAUUCGUGGUGACCCCUGAAGAUAUAACCGUCCAAGGGGGUGCCACCGCUUCUCUCAAAUGUAUGGCCAAUGGUGUGCCUGCUCCCAAGUUGUCUUGGUCUAAAGAUGAGGGCACAGAUUUUCCAGCUGCCCAUGAACGUCGAAUAACCGUGAAUAACUAUUCUCAGGGAGGUGAUCAAGUGAAUAUGGAUAGUUUCUCAAUUUACAAUGUGAAGGCCGUAGAUAUGGGCACUUAUCAAUGCAAGGCUAGCAAUCCAGCCGGUUCAAUAUCGUGGAACAUAUCAUUAACUGUCCUGGAAGUCCCAAGGUUUGUCAAACCCAUGGAAAAUAAGUCUGUACCUGAAGGUGAAACCGUUGUGAUUGAAUGCCAAGCCACAGGCAGCCCCAAACCUCAACUCUCGUGGACGAAAGAUGGCGGACCUUUUGUAAGCACAGAGCGGCACUUCUUCACUGCUGCCAAUCAAAAGCUUAUCAUCAUGAAAGUGAAGCCAUCAGAUAGCGGAAAGUACGAAUGUUCAAUACACAACCAAUUGGGACAGGAGAGUCAGUCUAGCCUGGUAGAGGUCUUGCCCAAUAAGAAUUCGGACUUUGGCGCUGCUCUCACCCAAGACCAAACUUUGUUCAUCAUCAUUCUCGUCUUAGUAUGCUGUCUCAUUGUAACCAGCCUCAUUUGGGUUUUCGUGUUGGUAAAGAUCCGCCAGAGACGUCGAAGGAGACAAAAUUCGUUUGUAAACUCCCAUCGGGCCACUUCCACCCCCAACAACUAUUCUCGUCCAGCAAAAACCAGUACUGGGAACACGUAUCCUCUUACAUUAUCUAUCGGUGACUGUCCCGCCGAAAGUGAGUUCGACAUUGAGACGCACGUGAGACAGGGGCUGAUCCCAGAUGAUUCUGCCUCAUCAAACGCUACCAUUCGCAAUCCUCAGAGUGGUGUUCUAACCACUGAUCUCAAAAAUGUGGAAGACACCGACGAGAGGGAUUCCGGGACUGGAGAUUCCAAGGAUCAUCCAGACGAUUCGCAGAGACUUUUGCUCAAGGAAGAACCGCAACCACUUGUAUUCAUUGAGGAAAACGAGCCGAAGGGUGGAGGAGGUGAAUCUGCAAUAAGUUUAUCAGAAUUUGAAAUGCCGGACCGAGAUAUUCCCCUGAUGGACACGGAUGAUUCCCAAGGUGAAGAGGGAGGUGGAGAGGGCACUUGCGCGGAGCUCUCCGAAGAUGAUGAAGCAUCGUUGAGUCGUCGAACUGCGACCUUAGAGGAUGGCUCAACUUCCGGAUCUAAUGGACCCGUUUCAUUCACGGACUCUGUGCCAAAGGAAAACGGGAAUCUGCAAAUACCAUUUCAGACGUUUCAUCCCAAAGGACGGAGGCAGCGUCAAAUUUCCGAGUUGGUCGGAGGCUCAACCUCUUUUUUGGACCAGCAUGACCUCAUAAAGGGCUGUGAUACAUUAUUCCUCGAUAACAAUCGUCACCUGUUCAACGGUACCAACAAACAAGGACGCAAAAGGGCUUCGACCGUUGAACUCAAUGGCAAAUGUUUCCUGGCCAUUGAACCAGAGCCACCCGAUCGUACCAGCAAACUUGUUCCACCCGAGGAAUAUCGUGGUGGCCAAGGCACGUUACCUCGAAAUGGCCUGGAUUACCAGCAAUCCAUUUUAGAAGCGUCAUUGAAUAGUUCAGAUUACUUGAACAACUCCCGCCUUUCUCAGCAGCCUUUAUGCCGAUCUAACCGGUCGAGUAGUCGAAAUUCGUUGUUCGAUAGGGCGCGAAAAUCGAGUUCGCGCAAGAAGCGUGGCCAAUCCUUGCCUAGGCGAACUUCCAAACAACCUGCCCAUGAAGGAGGAGCGGCAGAACUGGUCACCCUCAACCCUGACCACUCUGCCGUAGUCUUCAGCGGAAAAGAGAUGUUCGGCUGAAGAGUGCCGCCGUCCAUGACUGAAUAGGAAUCAAAAUACGAAACAACAUGUUCCAACUGUGAUAUUAUUUGCAAUACUUUCGCUAACACAAAUCAAAUCCAGCCAUAGUGAUGCAUCAUUCACCUUUUUUAGAGGAUUCUUCCCAAUUCUAUCUUUUAUUCUGUUCUCAUUUUGAUAAUAACCAUGGAAUAAUCAAUGCAAGAAUAUAAACAUACCGAAUUCCUA